CAUUCUUCGCUGUCAUUCUGACAUUUACCAAAGUAAAUUUUCAAGUUCGGUAAUUUUUUAUAUACACCCAUCUCAAUGUUGGUCGCUUGAUCUCCUCACGUCAAAGAGACGGAAAAUGGAGUUCGAAGAAGCGAAAGAAACCGAUGCCUCGCAUGACAAGCUAGACGUGGAGUACCGGCAAAUUUUGAGAAUAAUAAAGCCAUAUAUUCAGACAAUAAACAACAACACAUACUUGGCUCAGUACAGGAUCUGGUUGGAGAAACUCAGCGAAGCGAAAGAAAAUGAGAAAUUUGUGAGGAAUCAGUAUUUGAUGGAGCUGGCCAGGCAGAUACAGUGCAAGCAUUUGGCCACUCCUUUUACUCAAACGCCUCCAAGGGGGUCUCUGCCACCUCUCAGGACUAACCAGUGGAACUUUGAGGUGAGGAAAGGAUUCAGUAUCUUGAGAUUUGAAACGAGCAUUUACUUAUUCUUCUCAAAAUGUAGUGCCAACCCUAUCCAAGCCUUUUUAUUCCCUCAGGACGUACCUUAUUACGAUCAGCAGGCGGACGUCUCAGAUCCGUACCUCAACAAGCAGAAGAUGUGCCAGCAAUGGGCUGAAGACAACGAGACCAACAUUGCUGCCACCAAGACGCAGCAGUGGCCUUACCAUUCUGCUAUUCCCAGACCUAGAAGACCCUCGCCCAAUCAGCAGCAUAUGCAGCAGGAUCAGCAGCAUUCGAAGGAGGCGCAAAGGUGUGUCCAAAGAAGUGCUACAAGCGUUAAGAAGAUCAGCCUAUUGAAGGAGAUCGAUGAACAGUGUCAGGAAAAGUACAUGGAAGACCUCGGUCACACCUCCCCAUCAUCAAGGUCACCAACUCGACCCCUUCGCAACAACAGUCCAGUUGGCGUCAAAGAUGGCGACGCAAAGAAGCGUCAGUCUUUCGCUGCUCAAAACGUAUCUCUUGGGGUGAUAAAGGAGGAUAACUCCGACUGUAGAGAGGACGAGUCUUGGUGCGAGUUAUCAGACAACAGCAGCGCUUCUCUUGCUGUGCUCGCUUCCGGUGACACAGAAGGGGUUAAGGAACACAAGAGGUCUGGCGAUCAUUUCGAGAAAAAGAUCAACACGCUCAUGAUCGAGAUCAACGGGUUGAAGAGGAAGAGCGAGAAGAUGAACGAGAGAUGUGAGCAGGCCAACAGAAACGUACAAGACCAUUUACCACCCAGAAAUUUGAACUCUUCGGAGGACUUGAGGGUGAGAAAAUUUCCAGGGAAGGUGUUUCCAGUAGAAGACCCAGACGUCGAAAAUGAGAAAAUUUCGAAUGAGAAAGAUACGAGCUAUCUGACCACGGAUUGGAAGAAGAUUAUCGAGAGCCUUCAAGUCAGACUCAGCGAGACUCAGCAGCAGAACAAGGAGCUCAAUUCCCUCAUCAGCACCCUACACAAAAGAAUUAAGGAAAUGGACGCGGCAAAAGAACAGAUGAAGCAAGACAUGAAGAAGCAAGUUUUCGAACAACACAAGAAAGAAAUGGAAUCGUUGAAGACUAAUCAAGAGAACAAGCUGAAAGAAAUUGAGGAAAAACACCAAACAAAGAUUAAAGAAAUGUUGGAGGAUUUGGAAGGUGAAAAAGCAGACUUAAAGAAAGAAUACGAAGAUAAAAUCAUUAAAAUGGAGGAAAAACACUCAUCAAUUAUCAGAGCAAAAGACAGAGAGAUUGCCCGUUUGGAGGAUAUAAUACAGAGAGAAUGUACAAGAUUGGUGAGUGAAAUAACAGUGCUCCGCAGCCAGAUAGAAGAAGCCUCAACCUCUAAUACUACCAACGAUGAGCGCAUUAUGUUUCUUCAGAAGUGCAUCACAAAGAUGGACAGACUAUUCCAGAAAUCAGAAAGAGAAUACUGCAGACAGUUGGAAAAAUUGAAACAGGAACUGGAAAACAGAGAAAAAGCUAUACAGAUACAACUGCAGACUCAGAAAGCUGAGGUGAUAUCGAGGUGCAGUGCUGAGAAACAAGGUGAACUGGACUUGAUUGUGCAGAGUUUGGAGUCGAAAUACACUCAGUUGCUAGAAGCUCAACAGACACAAAUGUCUCAAGUGAAAGAGGAGGAUGAUAGAGUAAUAAACGGAUUGAGAUCUAUCUUGGACCAACACAAUAUACCUUACUGACCUAUUUUACAUUAUUAUUUUAGAGUGAUGUUGAGGUGACUCAAUGUAUUGUAUUGUUUUAGUGACGGAUAUACUUUUAUACUCGCA